CGCAUCGCGGAGCAAAACAUCAUGCGGCGGGAUUUCACGUUCUGAGAGCUGCAGAUGAGCGGGAUCCACUGAGUAACAUGGCUCUGCUGUGGAGGAGGGGCGUGUCACUAUCGGAGCGUUCAGGGAAUGACUCUCUGGUUGGCAUGGCGCCGGGGCCCGGGGUCGUUACGGUGGCCCCUGGGGGUCACAACAGGUCGUGGGAGACGCCGGUGGUCACCCCAGAGACGCCCAUCUUCCUCAUGACCCCCGCCGCUCAGACCAUCUCUGGGAUCUUCACCUGGACGGCUCUGCUGCUCACCUGCCAACAGAUCUACAUGCACUUGCGCUACUAUAACACUCCUAACGAGCAGCGGCACAUCGUUCGCAUCCUCUUCAUCGUGCCGAUCUACGCCUUCGACUCGUGGCUCAGCCUGCUAUUCUUCACUAACGAGGAGUAUUACGUUUACUUUGACACCGUCCGCGACUGCUAUGAAGCGUUUGUCAUCUAUAACUUCUUGAGUUUGUGUUACGAGUAUCUGGGUGGCGAGAGCGCCAUCAUGGCCGAGAUCAGAGGAAAACCCAUCCAGUCCAGCUGUGUUUACGGCACUUGUUGUCUGUGGGGCAGAACGUACUCCAUCGGCUUUCUGCGCUUCUGCAAACAGGCAACGCUGCAGUUCUGUGUGGUGAAGCCACUGAUGGCCAUGAUGACCGUCAUCCUGCAGGCCUUCGGGAAAUACAGAGACGGAGACUUCAACGCGGCCGGCGGUUAUAUAUACGUGACCAUCAUCUAUAACAUCUCGGUCAGUCUCUCGCUCUACGCUCUCUUCCUCUUCUACUUCGCCGCUCGUGAUCUGCUAGAGCCAUACGGCCCCAUGCUGAAGUUCCUCAUGGUCAAAUCCGUCAUCUUCCUCUCCUUCUGGCAGGGGAUGCUGUUGGCGAUUCUGGAGAAAUGCGGCGCGAUUCCUCGCAUAAACUCUCCUGAUGUCAGUGUGGGGGAGGGGACUGUUGCCGCCGGUUACCAGAACUUCAUCAUCUGCAUCGAGAUGUUCUUCGCCGCUCUGGCGCUCAGACACGCGUUCACUUACAAGGUCUACAUGGACAAGAGACUCGACAUUCAGGGUUGUGUUCCUGUCUAUGGCCAGUACGGUCGUUGUGCUCCCAUGAGCAUCUCCAGCAGCCUGAAAGAGACGAUGAAUCCGGGUGACAUGCUGCAGGACGCUAUCCAUAACUUCUCUCCGGCGUAUCAGCAGUACACACAGCAGAGCCGCUCCGAGCCACUGAGCCGCUCCAACAGCUGCAGCAACGAGAAAACACUGCUGCUCAGCUCCGACGAUGAGUUCUGACGCACUCGCGUUCACUUACAAACACCAAUGAGACGAUGAUCACGAUGCCUACAUAGACAGCAUGUUUAGGCAGCAUCAGUGCUUCCAGACAGAACGCUGCAAAACUACUGUAUGCUACCUUGCGGUACGUCAUUUGUGGCCAAAAUAUCGAGAGAGAAUACUUUAAUCCAGUGGUUCUCAAACCUUUCAAAUGAAGUUACCACCUUUGGUCAAAUCAGAGCACAAAUCAUUCUAUUAACAGUAGUGGAAGAAUGUUCUGGCAAGGUUCUCUCAAAGUUAUGAACAAACGUUCUUCCAGUAAUGUUAAUCAAAUGUUUGUUCAAACGUAUGUUCUCAAAAUGUUAGCACAAAAGCAUUUGUUCAUCGUUCAUUGUUCACAAAACAUUGUUCAAUGAAAGUUUUUUCCUGAAAUGAUUUCAUUGGAAGUUUGUGUAACAUUUUUUUAAAUGUUACUACUUGUUCCGGAAUGAUCAGAGAACAUUCAAAAGUAGCGUUCCCAUAAUGUUUAUACAAUAAUAAAGUGUAAUGUUUCCUUAAGUCACAUAACAAAGAGAAAACGUUUUUAAAACAUAAAAAAAAACACA